AUGGCCUCACCUUUAGACCAGGUGGUCAAGGGUGCCCCAGCACCGGGUGCUCGCGCCCUAACCCCAGAGCCAUUGAACUCACAGUCAUCUCAAGCCCAAACCCCUCCAGAUCGUUCGUCCACACCACGACCCGCGACCCCAGACCCGCUAGCAACACUCCCUUCCUCCCCGCCCCAGAUCUACCUGAACCUCUUAAUCCUCGAGACCUCGCUGCGAGCCCAAUACCUGGCUCUGCGCGAGCGACGCCGCCAGAACACUUUCUUCAUCCUCCUUCUGACCGUAUGGCUUGCCUACUUUUCGUACGCUCUGUUCCUUCGCCCGCGUGAAGAUGGUCGCGGAGUCGGCGGCUCCGUCUAUUGGGUGGUGGAUAUAGCGGAGAAAGUCGCCCUGCUCGGCGGGGUGGUGACAGCGCUACUGGUCUGGGGAACGGGACAAUGGGAACGCGGAAUCCGAUGGCCGAGACGCUGGCUGGCUGUCUCAAAUCGGGGCCUACGAGUGAUGAACACCAAGAUCAUCAUCAUCCGCGGUCCCUUCUGGCAGGAGCUACUCUCUUACAUCUCAUUCCUAUUCCCCUUUUCCCUCCCAUUUCUCCCUUCCCCAAACGGGAACUACCAGUACGUCGACCCAAGUCUCCUAGACAAGCGCCCUGCAACUACUGCAACUGCAGCAGCUGCUGGUAGUCGGCAGCACUACCAACAAUACUACAACGGCGCCGAGAUCGAAACCGGCCUCGUAGAAGAAGACCUCAGCCCAGGAGGCGACUACAUCCGCCUCCUCCUCCUUCCGAAAUCCUUCUCCCCCGAAUUCCGCGAAAACUGGGACGAUUACCGCACAGAAUUCUGGGAAAAAGAAAACGAGCGCCGCGCCCAACUCCGCAUCAAACUCCGCGAGCGCGAGAAACGUCUCGCACAGGAAGAAGGAAGCUGGCUCGGCCGACUAGGACUAGGCUGGCGCGCCUCACAGCGUCGUCGUCUCCUCGCAGGAACCCUCCAUCGACCCCUCGAGCCGGAAUUCAAACACCGUCUCAGCCACCACCACCACUCCAUCUCAAAAAGCCACGAGCACCGCGCUUCUUCCUCCCGUCGGAACACCCGCUCCGACUCCCAUUCCCGUACCUCUUCCCGUAGCACCACCCCCGUUGACGCGGGCCAUGACGAUCGUCCGCCGUCUCGCUCGUCGACUACCCGGCCCCGUCGCAGUAGCACUGCUUCGGGACAGGAUGCUAGUCCGCAACAGCGGAACCGGAAGAGCUCGACGCUUCGAAGGGGGCUGUCGCCUCUUACCCAGGCGCAGAUCCGGGAGGGUGUAAGGACUCCGUCUUUUUCAUCUGAUGAUUCUGCAUUGCCCGGCGGCGUGAUUGAGAAGGAUAGGGAGGAAGCUAUACCGGCGUCCGUCUCGGAAUUGUAA